AUACAUCUAGAAUUCCCAUCCAUUGCACCUUCCAUCGCAUCUUUAGCUCUGAAGAGAAAAGUCGGCACAAAAACUCGGACGAAUCCACCGCCCAUUGCCUAUCUUUCUUCCCACACCUGGACCUUAAUCGCAAACCAGAUAUUGGACCGCCCAGUGUCUACAACACAAAGCGGCAUCAUUCGAGUUUCAUAUAGUCCCAUACUUGUCUUUACUACGAUUAUUUCUGGACCCCGUCACGCCUUAACGUUGCAUACCGGUCCGACUUGACUCCUCCAACGGCGAAUAAACAAACUCCUCCACCAUGCCAAUUCGGAAUCCCUUUGCGCGCCGACUUGGCGUUGCCGUGACCCAGGACGAGAACGUCCGCCCCGGUUCCGACGCUGGUAAUACCGACCUUGCCCAUGCCGGCUUCGAGAGGGUAAACACGGUCGGUUUUAGAGCCUCGUCGGCCUUCAACAUCCGCAGCAACAAGAAGGGUCAAGAUACUGGCGAUUACAAGAUGAGUGGUAUGACAAACCAGGCCCCUAUCAACCAACCCCAACACCGCCUUAACCCCUCUAGACCAUCGUCAAUGCCAGUAGAAAGCGCCAUCAUGCUAACUCGUCUUGACAUAUCUGCAAAGAGCCCCGUAUCUCCCACCGCCGGCGAAUUCACUUUCGCACCGCGCCAGAGUCUCGAUUCUGCUAGGUUCCCACGCACGCCGCGACAGUCGGUUUUCAGUGAGCAUCGUUUCAGGCGGGACUUCUCUACUCCGGAAGAGAGCUUCGAAGAAGUCGGCCUCAACGACGACAAGCAACAGGCCCAGCCGGCCAAGAAGCGCGGCUUCUUCUCCAAGUUUGGUUCCGAUGCCCCUGAAAACGCCACCCCGCUGAAAGAGAAGGAGAACGGGCAAGCCAUGUCGCGAUUCCUCCCCGGCCGGAAGCGGGGACAGAGCGGACAGGGGGCAGAGCUUAUGCCUGUCGCUGACCGACCAUCCACUGCCACCGCCUUGCAAGAACAGGAGGUGCAGUCAUGAUUUAUGUCCAAAGUAAAAUUCUCUUUCUCUUCUUUUCGGCUUACCAAAUUGGGAUGCGGAUAAUGCCGGGUUUGGCAUGUCCAGGCUUUACGUACAUGUCAACCUGUGGGCUCUCGGCUGGUGGACUGCUUAAUGAAGUCACGCACAAUAUUAGAUCGCACAACUAGACGGACGUCACUCCCUCAUGGAGGAUGACGCAGGAUAUGGGAUUCUGGCUUUUGGGCGUUUUUGGGUAAUGAGGAUAUUGCUCUUAUGACACAGUAUAUACAGACAUGAUGGACAAAACUACAACUUAAUGAAUCGAGUAAUUAUUACAUCUU